AUGGAGAUGAAUCAAUCUAUUGUAGAAAAAUAUAUUAUUAUCUGCUAUUGGAUAAUAGAAGGUUGGUGUCUUUUGGUCGUUUUGUUAUUGAUGGUAGUGAAGCAACCCUUUUGUUUGUACGAAUUGACUCUAUAUGAAAGCAAUACUAAAUGUGCAAAAACACCUCUGGUUGAACUUCGAAAACGACGAUGUGAACCAGAAAUGGAACAAACUCUCAAGGAUGCACCCAAUAUGCAAGCAAAGUGUAUUAUUAUGAUAAUGAGCUUUCUUACAAUGACACUGGCAUUCACCAGUGGACCAUGCUGUUUAGCUGAUGGACUCCCGCAUGAACGUUUAUGCCUGACCAGGAAUUGAAUAAAUUCACCCAAAAUGGUGAAGCCUUUUUAUUUUUUUCUUUUCUUUUCUUUUUCUCUUCCAUUGACUUUUUUUUUAUGGUUUUAUUAUAUACAUUAGUGUAGUCGUUAGAUUACAUACUUUUUUUUAUUCAAUAAAGGUUUUAUUUUAUUACAACUAUUUUUAUUACAUAUAAAUGGGGUCAUCUAC